AUGGCCACUCCAGAUUUCGCAUCGUUCCAGAAAACCUUCGCUGGCGACAUCGUUACCCCCGAGCACCCGGACUACGCAAAGGCAAUUGCUCGUUGGGCGAUUAAUGCAGAACGGAAAGCAAAGAUUGUAGCAUACGUUAAGAAUGCCAACGACGUAGCGUUAGCCAUUAAAUACGCUCAAGCUGAAGGGCUCCCAAUCGCCAUCCGUGGUGGCGGCCACAGUACCAUGGGAGGUUCAUCCUCCGAGAACGGUCUUGUUAUUGACCUGUCCAGACAUUUGAAUACAGCGAGGAUCGACCCAGAACAGCAGCUGGCCUAUAUCGGCGGUGGUGCUGUGUGGGCUACUGUCGAUAAAGCCGCUAUCCAGCAUGGGCUUGCGACGGUCGGGGGAACUGUCAAUCACACUGGCGUUGGCGGACUGCUCCUUGGUGGUGGAUUUGGAUGGCUUACUCCCGCCCAUGGACUGACCAUCGACAAUCUCGUACAGGCGACUAUCGUUGCCGCAGACGGGGUCGCUUACACUGCCAGUGAAACUGAAAACCCUGACCUGUUCUGGGGUAUUAGAGGAGGUGGUAGUAAUUUCGGUGUCCUCGUAGAAGCCGUUUUGAAGCUGCACCCUCAACGACGGACCGUUUUCGCCGGUCCGGUGAUUUUCAAGGGAGAUGUCUUUGAGGAAUUCAUGGCAGUCACGAAGAAAUGGUGGGAAAGUGGGGUUUCUGACAAGGAAGCCAUCCACGAAGUGUUCACGGUAGCUCCAGAUGGAUCAGGCCCUUGCGUUGUCGCAAAUUUCUUCUACAACGGAUCGGAAGCUGAAGGUCGAGCGAAUUUCAAGGAAUUCUAUAACCUAAAACCAGUGGUAGACCUCGCUCGUGAGUUGCCCUACGAGGAAUUAAACGGGAUGCAGAAUGCCCUAGUUGAGCAUGGCAGCGGACGUUAUUUGAAAGGAUCAUUCUUCACGAAGAUUGAUGUAGAAUCGACGCGAAAAGCGUGGGAUCUAGCGGUGAAGCACUGCAACAGCGAACACCAGGGAACGUUGAUCCUAGAAUUUGUCAAGCAAGACAAGGUGAAUUCGGUCUCCCCGGAUGCGAUGGCGUACACCCUUCGGGGUGGCAUGAAUGCGGUUACUACGUGGGUGUGGCAAAAGAACACGCCCGAAAACUUGGCAUUCGCACACAAGGCAGGGAAAGAAGUCCUUGAAGCCAUUAGCCGUGGGCAGCAGGCCAAUGCGACAGGCAACACGGCUAGUUAUGGGAAUUACGACCAUGAUACCCAUGUUAUCGGUGAUGAGAAUGCUGGUCAAAGUAGAGCUCGAGCCUUGUUCGGCAAGAAUUAUGAAAGGCUUCAAGUUCUCAAGAAGAAGUAUGAUCCCAACAUGAUCUUCGACAAGUGGUUUGUCAUUACACCAUCGUCCUAG